AUGCAUGUCGAGAAAAAUGCCUCUCUGAACAUUGCUGGCGUCGGAACCUCAGUAACAGCGAUACAGGUAGCAACAGCAGUAGUGGUAACGGUAGUAGUGGGAGCCGCAGUAGUAGAACUAGUAUUAGUUGCAGGUGUAGCUGUAGUAACAGUACUGCUCACUGAUGUAGUAGAAACAGAAACAUUAGCACCAGCUGUUUGCAUGCUAGUAGUGGGAAUCACAGUAGUCGCAUUAGGAUUAGCUGCAGAUGUAGCUGUAGUAAUAGCACUGCCUGCUGAUGUAUUCGCAACAUUAGCGCGAGCUGUUUGCGUAACACUGGUAUUAGUUGCAGAUGUAGCCGAGGUAACAGUACUGCCUAUCACUGUAGUCGUGACAUUAGCGUUAACUGUUGGCAUGUUAGUAGUGGGGGCCACAGUAGUAGCGGUAGUAUUACCUGUAGAUGUAGCUGUGGUAACAGUACUACCCAUCACUGUAGUCGUAUGUUUAUUAAAAGAGCCGUAG